AUGCAGACGCCCUCUCCAUUCCGCCUCUCCCGCCGCCAACCGUCUACGCGCCGCAAUGCCGGUCCACAAUUCGCAACCUCUCCUCGAUUCAUACUCUCGCAAACAACCCCACGGAGGACAGUUCGAGGGACGGGCAUACUUGAUGAUGGUGCCCCGUCAGCAACAGCUCCUGUGGCUGCAACCCCUCUCGCGCGUCGCGUCCCACCGCGUUCCCAAAGAGACGUGAUUGACGACUCCGAUGAUGGCGAACUUCCUCGAAGCACAUACACUCAAAGAAAAGGAGUUUACAAAAUAACGGAUUAUGUGAUUGAUAGUUCGCCGCCAGAGGCCGCAGAAUCGACGGAGCUUUUUGACGCUGAAGAGAACGCGGCAUUCGAGCUCAUCGAAGACAGCAACAAGCGCAGACGUAUCCAAGGAGACCAACGAUCGCUGGCCGAGAACUUAAACGAAGCCACAGAGCAAAAAUUAUCAUCGUCAUCUCCGAGAAACCUCAAAAAUCCUCUCGCUCCUCUAGACACUCCUGCGCCUCGUUCUUUACACAAGGCAGAGUUCCAGAACUCGACUCCAAGGAUACCACCACGACCAACUAGCUGGGCCACAUCUAUACCAGCAAAUACCAAGACACCAUUCCGAUCUAAGCCUCGUUUCAUGAUAUCAACACAGAAACCUCCAAGCAGCCAGUUUGCCCCUCGAGCUGAGACCCCGGCAGCAUCCCAACCAACUUCACCCUCUGUCGAAAAGCGCAAGUUGGCAUUUGUCCUGCCACCAUCGCCGCCUCCUAAAUCAAAGGUGGAUGAUAUUCCAGCACCAUUCUCGCCUUCCUCGCGCACUUUGAGCCGUCGUGGACGGCGUCGGUCUAAUGUAUCGGGAUACUCUCCUGGUGGCAUGGCAGCGGAGGUGCGACGUUGGGUCCUUGAAAUGGGAUCUAAGCGUGAACAAAUGAAAUAUAACCCAGGUUUCGAUGGCAAUGACAAGGGAUCUGGUGGCCUAAGCCAGUAUCUAAUUGCAGCGCGGGUCGUCAGUAUCAACCAGGCAGCUUUUAGUAGCUCGGGUCCUCUGGCAUUCAUUCGAGCGGAGCGUGUGAGUGAGUCUGAAGAUGAGACGACGGUUCUACCCAUCUUAGCCAUGGGCUUACCUCGGCGUAAACCGUCAUCCUGUUCAAGGUCUACUCCAUUUCAAAUCAAAGUGGGCGAUUUAUUAGGAUUCCAUCGGGGAUUGGCCUGGGAUAUUGACUUGCAUGGUCCUGAAGCCUCUACCUUCCUUGGCUCUGGAGAACAGGCUAUCUUGUCUGACAUGAAUAACACCCAGGGCACCAAGGAACGAUGGUUAGUUGCUAUGGAGUGGGAUCUGGUGGAAGAAGGCGUAUAA